AUGGCCGUUUCCCGCCAGCAUGUGGCAACACUGAACCAGAUUCUCGUGGCAAAGGAUCGCGAGGAGCUGGCUGCAGAGGCAAAGAUCACGCAGCUGUUGCGUGAAUUGGAGGCAGUCAAGCUCGGGGCAACGGAGGCCAAGCCGGGCGAAAGCAUCGGCAACUUUGCCGCCAGCGAGGCGGAACGCCAGGCAGCCUCUACAAAGCUUGCAGAGGCACGGCGAAGAAACCAAGCGAAUUCAGCCCAGUUGCGACGAAGCGCUGCAGAUGUCCAGAAGUUCCAGCGGGAGCUCAGGGAGACUCUUUGCUUGGUCAGUUCGGAGCUGGGCUGUGUCAUUGUUUGA